CUAGAAUUAACAGACAGUUCAGAUGGAUCGGACUGUCCAAGUGGCCAGAUGCAGCUAAGAUCACUCGCACUUAUACUGCUCCGAGAGAAAUGGGGCAUUACUUUAAAUUAAAUAUCCACUUUUGGUUUUUAUCCAUCCAAAUAGUGGUCCAUGAUUGGACAGUUUAACUUGUGUCAUCCUUGGUGCUGUGUAUCAACCAUCACACACUAUCAGACUAUAAAACCUUUCUUUUAAAUUUGUAAUUUCCCUCCAAGAGCUGAGCUAACGGAGGGGAUGACCAGCUCUCUUUCCCGCUUAUGCUUCAACCUCCUCUUACAAUACACAGAGAAGAAAAACCUCCCAAAAGGAAAAUCAGUCCAUGCACAUAUCAUCAAAACCGGCUUUCAAUCAAACACUUUCCUUGCCAACAGCGUCCUCAACAUGUACGCCAGAUGCGGCCGUCUUGAUGAAGCCGCCCUCCAAUUCCAAGUUAUGGAAUGCCACGAUGUUGUCUCCUGGAACUGCCUCAUCAAUGCUAACUCUCACAACCCCUCCAUCCAAUCAUCCUCUCUAGUCCUUGAACUCUUCCGAACCAUGUGGGCUGAAUGCGUCCCCCCAAACCCUUUCACCUUUGCUGGUGUUUUCACUGCCUCUGCUCGUUUUCCUGAGGCUCUCAAUGGUAUGCAGGCUCAUGCCGUAGCUGUCAAGACCGACAAUUAUAGAGAUGUCUUCGUUGGGAGCUCGCUCCUUAACAUGUAUUGUAAAUUGGGUCUCGUCUCGGAUGCACGGCAGGUGUUUGAUAGAAUGCCUGAGAGGAAUUCUGUUUCUUGGGCUGCUAUGAUUUCUGGGUAUUCUAUGGAAAGACGUGGGGUUGAUGCUUUUGAGCUUUUCAAAUUGAUGAGAGAGGAGGAGGGCACUGGGGUGAAUGAGUUUGUGUUUACUAGUACUCUCAGUGCUUUCACAGCUCCUGAGUUUUUUGAAAGCGGGAAGCAGAUACACGGCCUUGCAGUUAAAACUGGGUUGUUGUGUUUUGUGGCUGUGGUGAACUCAAUUGUUACUAUGUAUGCGAAAUGUGGGUGCUUGGAUGGUGCGCUUCGGAUGUUUGAAUGUUCGAGUGAUAAGAAUGCAAUUACAUGGUCGGCGAUUAUUACUGGGUAUGCGCAGAAUGAUGAUUCCACUGAGGCUUUGAGGUUGUUUCUGGAGAUGCAUUCUGCGGGGAUUAGGCCUAGCGAAUUUACUUUUGUCGGGAUAUUAAAUGCUUGUAGCAAUUUGACAGCUCUCAAUGAAGGGAAACAAGUUCAUGCCUAUCUAUUGAAGUUCGGAUAUGGAUUUCAAAUAUUUAUUAGGAGCUCGUUAGUUGACAUGUAUGCAAAAUGUAGAAGCAUUGACGAUGCACAUAAAGAGUUUGAUCAGCUUCAAGAGCCUGAUGUUGUGCUAUGGUCAUCGAUGAUUAGCGGCUAUGUGCAGAACGGAGAGAAUGAAAAGGCUCUUAGCUUGUAUUGUAGAAUGGAGAUGGAAGGUAUCUUGCCUAAUGAUCUGACCAUGGCUAGUGUUCUUAGAGCUUGUUCUAAUCUCGCAGCUUUGGAACAAGGGAAGCAAAUCCAUGCGCGUACAAUCAAGUAUGGGCUUGGUUUGGAAGUUCCAAUUGGGAGUGCCCUAUCGACCAUGUAUGCAAAGUGUGGGAACCUUGAAGAUGGAAGCUUUGUCUUUAGACGGAUGCCUGAUAGGGACAUUGUUUCAUGGAAUUCAAUGAUAUCUGGGCUUUCUCAGAAUGGGCAUGGUAGUGAAGCCUUAAAAAUCUUUGAUGAGAUGCGUUUAGAGGGAACAAAGCCAGACCAUGUCACAUUUGUCAACCUCCUCUCUGCUUGUAGUCACAUGGGCUUGGUUGACAGAGGCUGGUCUUACUUCAAUUCCAUGUGCAAUGAGUAUGGUAUUGUUCCCAGACUUGAUCACUAUGCUUGCAUGGUCGAUAUUCUUAGUCGAGCUGGGAUGCUUGACAAAGCCAAAGAGUUCAUCGAAUCAGUUCCCAUUGAUCAUGGAAUGUGUCUAUGGCGUAUUUUGUUGAGUGCCUGUCGAAAUUAUUGUAAAUUUGAUAUAGGAGCAUAUGCUGGAGAGAGACUAAUGGAGUUGGGAUCUGAAGAGUCAUCUGCUUACGUGUUGUUAUCGAAUAUCUACACUGCCUUGGGCCGGUGGGAAGACGUAGAACGGGUGAUGAAAACGAUGAGACUUCGAGGGGUGAGCAAGGAACCGGGGUGUAGUUGGAUUGAGCUUAAGAGUAGAGUACAUGUGUUUGUUGUAGGGGACCAGUUACAUCCACAGUUCACAGAAAUAUAUACAGAGGUGAGGAGGCUAACCAGGCACAUGAGGGAUGAAGGUUAUCGGCCUUCUUCUGUAACAUAUCAUCGCAAUUCUUUUUCCAGAUUGGGAUAGAGAGAGGCUUUGCUCAUCUCUAUAAUCUAUAAGAUUGGGCAUUGGAGAAAUAGUUUGAGUCACAGGCAUCAGAUUGAUGGUUAUUUGAAGCGUGAUCUUGAUUGUGGACUUCCAGAUCCUGGAGACUGCUGAUGGUUCUGUUUGAAUAAGAAAGAACUUCAAUGUAAUGUCGAAGAAGUCAAUAACAAUGGUAACAGGUGACAAGAGCAUUGUUGAUGAGUCUUGUUUGCACGUCAAGAUGCAUAAUUUAUGAACUUUUUUGAUAUUACAAUCUGAUUGCUUGAUUGGUGUCAGCAGAGCAUGGACUGAUUUUCUAAAAAAUUACUUAGGGGGGGUUGUUAUUUCAUUAGAGUGCAUUUUCUGCAGCUGUGUAAUCCCUGUGUUUCCAACAUUUGAAAUUCCAUGUAACUACCAUAUAGCCACCUUCCUAUGUAACCACUUCUUAGACGCUGUAGUUAUUCUUUUCAAUAAUAUAGUUUUUCCUUUAAUCAAUAGGAGACACUGCUCUCUAUUGAUCUCUUUCAUAUUUUCCUUUAUGUUGAUUUUAAUGUUAAACUAUGAAUUGAUAUUUAUUCCGUAAAUUCAUCUUAUUCGUAUUUCCGUUAAUUGUUCUUCCUUAUCUUCCACGUACAUGCUUUCGAAUAUACUUUAGUUGUCGGAAUGCAUUGUGUUGGGAUUUGGACCUACCAACAAACCCAGAUCAA